AUGGCAUCAGAAGAAGCAAAAUUAUAUGGAAAUUUCCCCCUGCCCCCAAUUUCAAGCAGAAAUAAUCAUUCAAGUUAUUCCUUCAAUAUGAGCAGCGAGCAGCACAUUAUAAUUGAAGAUGAAAAAGAAGACAACGAAAUAUACCAUCCAAGACCUUUAGAAUUUGAUUUGUGAAAUGGAAUUGAUGAAAUCAUCAUCUCAGAAGAAGAUGUAAGGUUCCAAGAAAUGAAUGGCUUUUUUGGGUUUGAUGGAGACGAGGAAAUUAAAGAAGAAAUCCAAGUCGAAAUUAGCGUGCUCAGUGGUAUAAGUGAAGAUGUCAAAAAUUUUUCUAGCAGCGUAUCAAAUAAUUUGCACUCAAGCACUGUUCGUGAUGAGCGCUGGAUGUGUCCUGUUUGCUUACCCACAAUUAUUCUUGAUAGAAAUUCUAUGAAAAUUUACUAAAAUGGAAAUUUACCCUAUCUUGAUUGAAAGAUAUAGAUAUUCUCAAGCACCCUACCUCAAAUUUAACUACCUAUCUUUGAUAGUAAUAAAUAUUAAAGAUUAUCCUUUAUAAUCAAUCCUGUGCAAUUUUAUAUUUUUGUUAUAUAUGCAUACUCUAUAGUUAAUAAUGCAUAAAAUAUUUUAUUUAAAAAAAAUUAAAAUAAAAUUUAUGAUUAAUAAAAAAUGAUAUUAAUCAGGUCAAACUAUAAGAUUGCUGGAGAACUAGAAUUAUUAGAAGACCCAGUGGAAACUCCAUGCUGUCAUAAUCUUUUUUGCGAAAAAUGUGUAAUUAAUAUCAGAAAAUGCCCAUUAUGCAGCCAAAAUCUGGGGCAGUGCCAGCCUAAUAUUCCUAUAAGAAGACUUAUGGAAGACUUAGCUGUAAAAUGCAGACAUGCAAGAUGUGAAGUCAUUAUUAGAAAAGCUGAUUUAAUUAAUCAUGAAAAAACAUGUGAAAUGGCCCUUGUUCCUUGUCAAAAUAGCUUUUUGUGUGGCGAAGUGUUGAGAAAAGACAUAGAAAAGCAUUUAAAAGAUGAAUGCUCGUACCGGCCAGUGCUAUGUUCUUUAGAAUGUGGAAAAAUACUACCGUAUUCUGACAUUGAAAAACAUAUAGAAGAGGAAUGCUUAAAUUUUAUCAUAAAUUGUCCUCAAAAAUGCGGGACACUAAUUCAAAGAGGCGAAACUGACAUGCAUAUUUCUCAGGUUUGCCCUUACACAUACAUAAAAUGUAACCUUAUUGACACAGAUAGCCAAUCUUGUACUGUAAUUUGUAUGAGAGAAGAGCUAGAGGAUCAUCGUUUAAUCUGCGAAUUCAAAAAAUCCCAGUGUCCUAACAGCGGCUGCUACGAAAAAUUUUCAAAAAGACUAUUCCUCAGCCACAACAAUAUUUGCCGGUUUAAACAAAUCCAUUGUCCUAACAAUUGCCAAGAGCUUAUAUUAAGAAAAGAUAUAGAUAAUCAUUCAAUUUUAUGCCCUUUAAAAAUUAUUGAGUGUCCUUAUAAGGAGUUUGGCUGCACUGUAAAAAUUGAAAGGAAAAUCCUAAAGGAGCAUCUUGAAGAUGAAGCUGUUUAUCAUAGUCUCAAAAUGGUAGAAGGGUGCAAAGAAAAUAAAUUGGCUAUUGAAAAAAUGCAGUUGGAGUUUCAAGUGAUGAAAGAAAUGUUUAAACAAGAACUCUUGAAGAUUGGGGAUGAAAUGAAUAUAAUUAGGUGCCAAAGGAGAGAGAACGAAAGGGCUAGAAUUGAAUGAUAUGAUGAAGAGCCUGAAGGACUGGUGGGAGGGAAUAAUAAAGUGCUGAAUUCUUUUGAUGACUUUUUGAGGAUGCUAGAAAGAUAG